AUGGCAGAGACUGAAGAGGAAAUGCUUGCGUGGCGGAGGAACCGGUGCAAACAACAGCGGAAACCACGUGAGGGAGCUGUCCUGCCACCUAAGAAGAAGGCUAAGGUUGAUAAACAGGCCAGAGAGAAGGCGAAAAGGUCAGCAGCAGAAGAAAUACUUUCGGCUGCAGGAUUCCGGGAGGACAGGUGGAGCAGGGUACACAAACAAAGACGUGCAGAGGAUGGUGAAAGGGUGUACCAGGACGAUGAAGCGUUCAAGAAACUUAAAGCGAAAAUCAAGCGCUUGAAGGCAGAGCUAUGCGCAGUGAGAAGCAGAAAUGACAAACUCCAGGAUGCACUCUACUCAAAGAUAUUUCAGACAGCAUUGCCUGGCACGCAGGAAAAUGGAGUUGAGUUUGUGGCCUCUGACUCAUUUGCCUUACUGUCUCCAUUGCCUGCCACCAAUUACAUGUUGCUGCAGCCUGCACCUCUGACAUCAGGAGUGGUUCCUCCGGCAACCGCAAAAUGGGCACCACCAGAGACUGAGCCAGUACUCACGGAGGAUGGUCAGGUGAAUCUUGGCCCUGGUGUGUACCUUGCACGCGAAACCUGGGGCAUGCUUAUGGAUCAGCCUGCUGACGCUGCGUUUUGCAAGCGUCUUGCUGUAGCCUUGUGGGGAAACGAGACGCUUCCAAAACGAAGUGUAACUGGCCGGCAGUUCAACAAGGACAUUUCAAAGGGCAAGACGGCAGUGUAUCCGCCACUGUCCCCCACGAAGCUCACCUGCAUGUCGUCUGCCUUUUGGUAUUUCCUGAAGCAGAAGGGGUGCAGUCAACAGGAAGCACCGAAGCGACACCAACAGCAGCCGAGGUACUUGGCGCAGAAGUGCUCUGACCUGCGGCGCUAG